GCGGGUACAUUUUCGAUCUGGAGUCGACAGCAUAGCCAAGUUGAUGAGCAUUGUUUUAGUAAACAGAAAGUCUGCUGGAUUAACAUCACGAUUUUAUAGAGCAUCUUGAACGCGUUGAGCGGCUUAGUUAUAUAAUUAAAGAAGAAACAACAUGCGGACCUUUCUCCUGAUUCGUUAUUUUCUUACUCAGCAAAGUCCCGGCGCUAACUAGCUGCUUAAUGCUAAUCUUAGCUAACUCUAACACUGUAUUUUAACCAUGGAUCGUGGCGGAGCUUUACCCUCCUUUGUUGUCUCGUCAAACUGCUCAUAAACAAGAGGUCGGUAUCUAAACAACCAGCAUUUUGAAUGGCGGUGGCUCCGGCCUCGUUGGCGGAUAAGAUCAUAGUCCUUGAUGAUGAUGAUGAAGAAGAAGAGUGUCCUCAACCUUCCUGUCCUGCAUCCACCUCGCUGUCUGAGCCUUCUGACCACCAAACCAAAAAUGUCUCACCACUCAGAGCUGAGCAGCCACAGCCCACCCACAUUACCCAGUUACCUUCUGCCUCAGCAAAGAAACACACCCAUGUUCUGCAGGCGGAGAAUGAGAGGCUGUUCACUGAGUUUGUGGAGCACUGCUCGGCUCUCACCCAGGACUGUCCUGAAGUCUUGACCUUCCUCCAAAACAAGCAUGCCAAAGCCACGCCUGACUAUCUGUCAUCUGUGGAGUUCAGGAACACGUUGGGACGUUGUUUGACUCGCGCUCAGGCCAACCGCUCUAAAACAUUUGUCUACAUCAAUGAACUGUGCACUGUGCUCAGGCAGCAUGCCGCCAAGAGGAGGCAGGUCCCCACCAAGGUUGAGCCUGGGCCCUCUACCUCAACAUCAAAUACUCUCCAGUCUACCUCUGUUAUGCACAACAGUAAACACAAAACUAAAGGUAAAAUGGAUGAGGAGGAGGAGGAAGGGGUGAACCCAGCGUUGGAAGAUGAGCAGCCUUCCACCUCCAGGCUGGAGGAGGACAAGAAAGAGGAGGAACAAGAAGUGGAGAAAAAGGCAAAGAGGGCAUCCAGGAGACAGAUAGCUUACCUGGAGAACCUACUGAAGGUGUACAACGAUGAGAUCUGCCGUCUGCAGCAGGCUGAGCUGAAUUUAGACGACCUGGAAGCUGAGGACUCUUUAUACAUCCAGGAGCACAAGCUCAAACGCAAGAUGAUGAAGAUUUAUGAAAAGCUGUGUGAACUAAAGGGCUGUAGCAUACUAACAGGCCGAGUCAUUGAGCAGAGGAUCACCUACAGCAGCACUCGGUAUCCUGAGAUCAACAGAAGGGUCGAGCGUUUCAUCAACAGUCCCGAGGCGCAGAGGAACCCUCCGGAUUACCCAGACAUCCUCCAGCAGGUGUUGCGAGCCAACGAACGCCACAAUCUGUGCCUGAGCAGAAAACAGCUGAAUCAGAUAGCCCAGGACGCCUUCAGAGAGACCGGGAGCCGCAUACAGGAGAGACGCCACCUGGACCUGGUGUACAACUUCGGUUCGCAUCUCACUGACCACUACAAACCUGCCACGGACCCAGCCCUGUUGGACCAAUCGCUGCUGCGAAAGCUGCGAUCGAACAGAGAGGUGGCUCUGUCCCGCCUGGAGGAGGUCAUCACCAAGUACGCCAUCAAACAGGAGGACACAGAAGAGCAGGAGCGGAACAAACGACUGGAGAAAGACAACAAGGAAAAAGAGGGCAACAAAUCAGAAAAGGGAGAGGAAACUAAAGAGGUGAAUGGCAGGGCAGAGGAAGAAGAAGAAGAAAUGGAGGAGGAAGAGGAUGAUGAUGAAGAGGAUGAAUCGUCAGAUCCAGACAUAGAGGAGGAGAUCCACGCCAGCACCCAGCAGGAUGGACCAGACGACGAAGAGAACGAGGAAGACGUCGGUAACGAGGCGGAGCAAGCAGGCGGCGACGCCAACAAGGAGGAUCAGACGGACGAGCUGUUGGGGAGCGUUAAAGAUGAGGAAGAUGAGGCAGCCACAAGUGGACUCAGUCCUCUUUCUGAUGACAGCAAGUCCCAAAUCUCUCUGUCUGACAUCCCCUCCCCUAGAGACAGCCCCAGCCAAUCAGAGCCCAUGCAGACUGAUAACCAGAGGCUGUUGUCUAAUGGUAACCCUGCAGGAUUAGAGGAACCUCUGGAUUCCUCCAAUCAUGUUUCAGUUGUGCUGGUACGCUCCAACAAAGUCACUAAGGACCCUGCAGACAUUUCCCCUGUAGCAGCCAAUGGCGUGUCUCUACCCGUGUCACCAGCAAUGAUCUUAGAAAAAUGUGACACACACACCACCAACGGCACGUCGCCGCCGCCCAGCCCCAGAACUACGAGGAGUCGGAAGAGGAAGAGGGAGGAGACAACAUCAGGGAGCUCCCGAAAUACGAAGGACGUGAUCAUCCAGGACAGUGAGACGGAUAUCCCUCUGGAUAUGGGCGUUAUUAGCUGUAAUUCUCCACAUCAGGCGGAGUCCACCCGGGCCGACACACCGACCCAGGACCUGGUCAGCAGCUCACAGUCGACACCACCUCCCAAGAAAAACAAGGUCAACGUGGCGACCCAGUGUGACCCAGAUGAGAUCAUCGUCCUGUCAGACUCGGAAUGACCUUUCACCUUUGACCUCUCACUGCACUGCACGAUUCUUCCACUUCUCAGCUGCGCCGUGGGGCUGACGUCCUGAAAGCUCCUCGUGUGUUUGCUGGAGUAAAGAGGAAAAUGCUGAAUCAUUGUGGAAGUGCUGAUGCAGAAACUAUGAAUUUAGUACCUCAUGUCACUUGAUUACAUAUUAACCAAACAAAAGCAAAGACACCUGGUUUUGUUAAUGACAUAAUUAAAACAAUUGAAACUUAACAUUUAUGGGAAAACCAUGAGUGAACAGGACACAUUUUUCUUUUUCUUCUUUUUUCUUUUUUGGGAGAGAUCAAUGCUGUGGGAGGUUUCUUCUUCUUCUGCUGCUCGAUUCACCAGAGAAAACAGUUUUUCAUUUUCUCUGAGCAGAGAAACGUGGGUCGAUGUCGACCUCGGCCGUCAUCUGAAUCUUUUGGGUGAUCCAAGCAGUCAAACUUCAGUUUCCUGCUUUUCUGUGUAAGAGUACUUACACUUCUGUGGUACUGGUCAGUUGUAGGGUUGAAAUUAUUUCUUUUUUUUAUUUUUUUAAUUGCUGCUGUGAACGCAGAGCUAAAAAUACUUCUCCCAGGUUGACAGUCUCUUCACUUGAACCCUGAAGUUGAGCUGGUGCGCUUUAGGUGAGAAACCAGUGCCUGUAAACAUGAACUGUGCAGUCGGACAUCUUGGCCCAGACGGGGAGCUUUUGUUUGCUCCACUGACGAGGGCGGCGACAGCUCACUGCCGGUUUGUUUACAUUUUUAUAUUUGAGUCCCGUUUUUUCCCUAAAGCUGAGCGAAGGGGAGCGCCGCCGUGUAUUACAGGAACUUUGAGAAGACGUUGUUUUACUUGCUGUUGCUAUUUAUGAUGUGUUUUGAAUGGUUGAGCGGUUUGUACUCUGAUGUUAGCGAGAUGUGUGCACUGCAGCAGUGAUAAUGGUGAACACUGGCAUUUUUUUCAUUUUUCCUCUUGUGUUUCCCAUUUAAACAUAUUUCUGUUUUUAGGUUUAAAAUAAAUUGAAGUUACUUUCUUUGUUCAGACCUGUGGCUGCUGCACGUUCACUGAUUAGUUCCCUGAUAGCAGCUGGUUUGAAUGUUUCAAGGACAAGGCUCAUAUUUUAUAUAUUUUUUAAAGUCAACAAAUCCCAUUUACAAAAAAAAAAAAAAAAAAAAAAAACUCUUGAUAAACUGC